AUGGGUCUCUUCAGCCGCAAGGACAAGAAGUCAGCAGUGGACGCAGACAAGGCCGGAUCAGAUGCUGGCUCUAUCCACAAGUCGCCAGCCAGCAAGCCCAUGAAUGGCAACCCCUCGGCCAAUGCCUCUCUGCCUCAUGUCCCACUCCCUAGAGCUCCCGACCCGGCCCUCAAUCCCGCCGCCUACCUGCGCAGCAUCUACGCCGUGCGCGAGAGAUCCAAGUAUGUCUUCGAGCUAGCUAAGCGCAACAAAUCGAAGCACUUUGACGUCGACAUGACCAAGUUCGCCGACACAGCACGCUUCGUCGUUUCGAUCAUUAACGUAAGUCUUGUCAAUUCUCAAGCAAACGUUGGUGUUCUUCAAUCUAACGCUCGCCUGAUAGNNAGAGAUUAUGCUCCCGACUACGCUUCGAUUCCCCCACAUGGCCGUUGGCAACACUUUGAUGUUGGUGGCAGACCGAGAGUUGACCAGCUCAUGGCAACAUGGCCAAAGUCGGUCAAUGACCAGGAACGUACUCGCAGACUUAUCGACCUGUUCCUUGUAUCUGUCUUGCUGGAUGCUGGUGCAGGACAAAAAUGGACAUACAAGAGCAAGGAGUCUGGCAAGAUAUACAGGCGUAGCGAAGGUCUUGCAGUUGCCAGUCUGGAGAUGUUCAAGGCUGGUGCUUUCAGCAGCAACCCCGACGAGCCAUGCCAGGUCGACAGUGCCGGCCUGAAGAAGAUCAACGCACAGUACUUGGCAAAAGGCCUGCAAGUCACAGAUCAAAACCCUCUGGCUGGUCUGGAAGGCAGAGCAAGUCUUCUCGUCAAGCUUGGGGAUGCCCUGCAGAACCAGGACAUUUUCGGCAUCGAGGCCAGACCUGGCUAUCUACNNUUGGUGAACUACCUCCUCUCUCACCCAUCGACUCAAGCCUCGUCAGUCCCCGUAGUCCCAAUACCAACUCUCUGGAACGCGCUCAUGGACGGCCUCGCGCCCAUCUGGCCUUCAACACGCACUACGAUCGACGGUGUCUCGAUUGGUGACGCCUGGCACUGUAACGCAAUGCCCGCAGCAUCGAAUGCCCCCUGGGAGAAGAUUGUGCCAUUCCAUAAGCUGACUCAAUGGCUCUGCUACUCUUUGAUGGUCCCAAUGACCAAGCUCAUGCACGUACAUUUUGCUGGUACCGAGCUUCUUACCGGACUGCCGGAAUAUCGCAACGGUGGUCUCUUGAUCGAUACCGGACUCCUCACGCUCAAGCCCGCAGACGCCAAGCGCGGUCUCGAGCAAUACCAGAUUAAUGCCAUGAAGCAAGGCCAACCCAACAUGGAAGUGGUUCCAAUGUUCAGCGUGGACGACGAUGUGAUUGUCGAAUGGCGAGCCCUGACAGUUGGCUUCUUGGACGAGCUGUGCUUCGAGGUUAACUCACAGCUCGGAUUAGUAGGCAGCAAGAAAUUGAGUCUGGCGCAAGUUCUCGAGGCUGGCACUUGGAAGGCAGGCAGAGAGAUUGCAGAGGUCUCGAGACCCAACACGAAAGAGCCACCGAUCAUGAUUGUGUCCGACGGCACCGUCUUCUAA